GGACACGUGGUUUGACGCGCGGUUGCAUCAGCGUAAAUAGUUGCUUCACAGACCGGCUCUGAUCACUUUUCUGGUUUAAAGCGCAUUGUCUGUCUGACCUGUCAAAGUAGAUUCAUUCAACAGCGUCCUAAAGUGACAGAGGCUCAAAUGAAACUGUAUAUUAGCGAGGGGAACCCGCACUGUAUUAAAGCUCUAGCGGCGCUGGAGAUCACUGGAGUGAAAUGUGAGAUAGAAGUGAUCAGCCAUGAGGAGAAAGUGGUCCCUCACAUCACUCAUCCCGUGUCCCCCGUCCUGCUCUUGCCCAGCGGUCAGCAUCUCUUCAGCCCCAACAGCAUCUGCCAAUACCUGUAUGACAUCAGCGGUCAGCCGGCGACUGAUGCCACUAACCAGUGGCUGGAAUGGGAGGCGACAAACUUACAGCCUGCAGUGCUACAGUCUCUCCACAUGGUGGCGCUGCAGGGGAAGCGUGUCGAGGCGGCCGCUGUGAUGAAGGAACACCUGAACUGGCUGGAACAGAGUCUGAGCAAGAGAAACACAGCGUUCUUCAUGGCAGAGGAGAUGUCAGUAGCAGAUGUUGUCCUGUGGGCGGCGCUCUACCCUCUGUUAUCUGACGCGGGUGUUGAAGCAGGCGAGCUGGUGCGCGGAUGGUUCCAGCGUGUCGGUGUCCUCUCCGCGUGUCAGACGGCCGCUCAGACGGUCCUGCGGGGAAAAGGUGCCGAAGCCCUGAAGACGUUCCUGCAGAAGCACACGUCCGCGCACACACAGCGCCGGGACAGUCCCACCAACACCGGCGACGCUGAAGACGGCGAGCGCGUGAUGAGCGUGGAGGAGAUCGAAGGAGCGGCUCAGGUCUGGUCUGAAGGACUCAAAUCUGCUCCUGCCGUCACUGAGAGGAAACACCCAAUUCUCCCUCAGGAAGGAAAGAGAAACGUGCUGCUCACGAGCGCUCUGCCGUACGUCAACAACGUGCCGCACCUGGGGAACAUCAUCGGCUGUGUGCUCAGUGCUGACGUGUUCGCCAGAUAUGGGCGUUUACGAGGCUGGAAUCUCUUGUACGUCUGCGGUACGGAUGAGUACGGAACAGCCACGGAGAACAAGGCUCGGGAGGAGGGCCUGACGCCGCAAGAGAUCUGCGAUAAAUACCACACCGUCCACGCCGCCAUCUACCAGUGGUUCCAGAUCGACUUUGAUUUCUUCGGCCGCACGACCACUGAACGCCAAACUGAAAUCGCUCAGGACAUUUUCUGGCGUCUGCACGAGAGGGGCUUUCUGCUGGAGGACACGGUCGAGCAGCUGCGCUGUGAAAGCUGCCAGCGUUUCCUGGCCGACCGCUUCGUGGAGGGCGUGUGCCCUCACUGCCAUUACCCAGAAGCCCGCGGGGACCAGUGUGACAAAUGUGGCCGCCUCAUCAAUGCUGUGGAGCUCAGGAAUCCUCAGUGUAAGGUGUGCAAGGAAACGCCGGUGAUCCGCUCCUCUAAACACCUGUUUCUGAACCUGCCGAAGCUGGAGGACGAGUUGGAGCAGUGGCUGGAGAAGUCGAUAGGCUCCGGCGACUGGACGCUGAACGCGCGGCACAUCACGCGCUCGUGGCUCCGUGACGGCCUGAAGCCGCGCUGCAUCACGCGUGACCUGCGGUGGGGGACGCCCGUGCCGCACCAGGAUUACAAGGAGAAGGUGUUCUACGUGUGGUUCGACGCUCCUAUUGGCUACCUGUCCAUCACGGCAAACUACACCGACCAAUGGGAGAAGUGGUGGAAGAACCCUCAGCAGGUGGAGCUGUAUAACUUCAUGGCGAAGGACAACGUUCCGUUCCACAGUGUCGUUUUCCCUUGUUCACUUCUUGGAGCUCAAGACAACUACACACUGGUCAAUAAUCUCAUUGCCACCGAAUACUUGAAUUAUGAGGACACCAAGUUCUCCAAGAGUCGUGGUGUGGGUGUGUUCGGUGACAUGGCCAAAGACACCGGCAUCCCGUCCGACGUCUGGCGCUUCUACCUCCUGUAUCUGCGGCCUGAAGCUCAGGAUUCAGCGUUCUCCUGGGCCGACAUGGCUCUCAAGAACAACUCUGAGCUCCUCAACAACCUGGGCAACUUCAUUAACAGGGCAGGGAUGUUUGUGAGCAAGUUCUUCGACGGCUGCGUUCCUGAGAUGAUUCUGAAUGAAGACGAUAAGCGGCUCAUCGCUCAGGUGUGCUGGGAGCUCAAGCAGUACAUCCAGCUGCUGGAUAAAGUCAGGAUCCGUGACGCUCUGAAGUGCAUCCUGAACAUCUCUCGUCAUGGGAAUCAGUACAUCCAGGUUAAUGAACCCUGGAAGAAGAUAAAAGGGGGAGACGGCGACAGGCAGCGCGCCGGUACCGUGACGGGCGUGUCGGUGAACGUGGCGUGUCUCCUGUCUGCCGUGCUGGAGCCGUACAUGCCCACCGUCAGUCACACCAUCCGUGCCCAGCUGCAGGCUCCGCCCACCUGCGCCAGCGCCAUGCUGCAGGGGGCGGGAACCUUCAUCUGCACACUGCCAGCCGGGCACCGCAUCGGCACGGUCAGCCCUUUGUUCCAAAAGUUGGAGAACGAACAGAUUGAGGCUCUGAGGAAAAAAUUUGGAGGACAACAGCCAGAAGACGAGAGUCUGGAAGCGAAGACCCCGAGUUCCAGCGCCGCAACAGUCGAGACCAAACCCAGCGUUAGUGCCGCGCAGGACGCCUCGCUGAACGUCAGCGCAGAUCCAGAGAGAGCCAAACAGCUGACGGCUUUAGUGGCAGAACAAGGCGAUAAAGUACGAGCUCUAAAAGCUCAGAAAGCCGAGAAGUCAGUCAUCGCGGAGGAAGUCGCCAAAUUAAUUGAGCUGAAAAAACAACUCUGUCUCGCGGAGGGCAAGAACCCAGAGCCGGCCGCUCCGAAAGGGAAGAAGAAAUAAGAGGUGAACAUGAGGAAGAAAACUACUUUAUAUUUUAGAAUAUUUUCUGGGAACUAUUUUCUUGGAUACUGCACUGUUUAACCACUCCUAUAAUAAUCCAACCAAUCCAGAUUUCACAAUGCAGUUUCAUUUUUCUGCUUUGUUACAACCAUGUAUUUUAUUCAUACACUCAAUAAACACCAAGACAAAAAUCACAAA